CAGCAUGAUAAUCCAUCCAGACUGGAUUCUCUACAGAGGAGAAAACACGGGAAGGAAGCGCUGCCGGCCAAAAAAAUUAAUACAUAAAAAAGUUUUCGCCCGAGUGAAUCGUCGAGACAGACGUUUCGAGACGUGGUCGGAGGAAGACGGAGGUCUGCGGGCUCUGUCCCCCUCCUCAUAACGAACUAUGGACGCUUUAAAAUCGGCUGGCCGGGCGAUAAUUCGGAGUCCCAGUCUGGCCAAGCAGAGCUGGACCUCUGGAAAACACAAAAAGCUUCCAGAAAACUGGACAGAUACGAGGGAGACCCUGCUGGAGGGGAUGGUGUUCCAGCUGAAAUAUCUGGGCGUGACGCUGGUGGAGCAGCCCAAAGGAGAGGAGCUGUCAGCCGCGGCUGUCAAGAGGAUUGUUGCUACGGCCAAAGCAAGUGGGAAGAAGCUACAGAAAGUAACAUUAAAGGUCUCUCCAAGAGGGAUCAUACUUUAUGACAGUGCCUCAAAUCAGCUGAUAGAAAACAUCUCUAUUUACAGGAUCUCGUACUGUACCGCUGAUAAGAUGCAUGAUAAAGUGUUUGCCUACAUUGCUCAAAGCCAACGGAAUGAAACGCUGGAGUGCCAUGCCUUCCUCUGCACCAAAAAGAAAGUGGCACAGGCAGUGACUUUAACGGUAGCGCAGGCCUUCAGGGUGGCGUUUGAGUUCUGGCAGGCUGCCAAAGAAGAGAAAGAGAAGCGAGUGAAGUCGGGUUCAGAUGGAGGAGUAGCCAGCAACUCUCACGCAGAGAAUUCAGACAGUCUGAAAGAAGGAGAGGUGGCUACAGGAAAUCUGCUGAACUUGGAGGAAGGAGCUAUCAUGGCGAUGGUACACUCAGGAUGUGAAGACACCCACACACACACAGCACAGAGCAUCAGCACAGAAAACAACAACACUGUAUGGGAGCUUGACGAUGGGCUGGAUGAAGCUUUCUCAAGCCGCAGUUUGGAUAGUUUUGAGUCAUACUCAGACUCGCUGAGUGUCGCGCUAACCCCCAGGUCCUGGACAUUGGGCUAAACCCUCAGGACUACAACGCUGAAGAGUGCCUGUCGCCUGGCAACUGGGACAAAGCGGAUGCAGAGGCUGCUGACGCUGAAGACGCUUUUGGCUUCUGAGAACGAGAUGGGUUAGUUAACGAACCUGAAUGGACAGGCGAAUACAAGUAAAGGGAAGGAGGACGGUCCUCUUGUUGGUGCUUGGAGAUGCAACUGGGUAAAGAAGCUGAGGAGAUGCUGCACAGCCAGUCUUAACACAAAAACUGCACCCAGACCAAAGCAAUACAGAAUAAAUGACGUCUCCAC